AUGCACUACGACACAAGGCUAGGUCCCGCGUCGAAGCCCGGUUGCACUGAGUUUGCGUCAGCAAGCCAGGCAAAUAAUAUUGGAUGGGACGACCUGUGGGAAGAGAUCGCCGAUGAGGUGACCAUACAAUGGCUAUGUUACAAGGAUCCUGUCUCGCUCACCUGGGAAUUUGAAAAGAAGCCGCGACGCUCCUAUCUCAACUUGGAGGACAGAUGUAAACUGUAA